AUGAAGGUCAAGGUCAAGUCGUGGAACGCUGUCGCAUACUGGCUGUGGGACGUCAAAGAUCCAGACGAUAUUUGCGGCAUUUGCCAAAGCAACUUUGACGGCUGCUGCGCCAGUUGCAAGGAACCCGGCGAUAGUUGUCCGCUACUGUUUGGCAAGUGCAGCCACGAGUUCCACCUGCAUUGCAUCAUGAAGUGGCUUCAAGACAACGAUGGAUGUCCAUCGUGUCGUCGACCUUGGGAGGAAGUCGAAGGCACCACGAUCGGAUCUGCCGCAGCCGCAAGGGCCGCCGCUGAAGCAGAAUAA